GGACAAUCUCCUACUCCAUUAUCCGACGAUAGUUGUAAGAACCUCUCGCACAUCCCCCAAAUUUCUCGGCACAGAGGUAGCCAGUCGUAAGAGAGAGAAAACAUGGAAGAAGCGAAAGCAUUAGCGCAACGCCAACAACAACUAAUCUUACAGCAACAACAUCAACAACAACAACAACAACUCUAUCUUCUUCAACACUUUCAACAACAACAACAACAACAACAUCAACAGCAUCAACAGCAUCAACAACAACAACAUCAACAACAACAUCAACAACAAAGACAACAACAACAAGCAGCAAUGGCGCGAUUUCCGUCGAACAUCGAUGCUCAUCUGCGACCUCUUGGUGCAAAUCGUCCAUUAGGUCAAAAUCAGAAUCAAAAUCAAAAUCAAAGUCAUAAUAAUAGCCCUAGUUCUAAUUCAAUUCAUCCGAUUCAUCAGCAACAAGUAAACCCUAGCUCGAAUUCUCAAAUUCAACAACAACAGCAACAGCAACAGCAGCAGCAAUUGCAGCAGAAGUUGAAUAGAACGCCGUCUCAAUCGCAGCCGUCUUCGGCUCCGCUUGCUGGAAAUCAAGCUGAACUUCAGAUGGCUUAUCAGGAUGCUUGGCGUGUUUGUCAUCCUGAUUUUAAGCGUCCUUUCUCUUCUCUUGAAGAUGCUUGUGAAAGGCUGCUACCGUACCAUGUUGUGGCAGAUUAUGAAGCUGAAGAAGAUGAUAGAAUUCUUGAUUCUGAUACUACAGGGCAAAUACUCUCACGCUCCCAGCAGUGGGAUCACAAUAUUGCUGCUAAAGUAGCCGAGUUCACAUCAACUUUCGAGAAACAGACACUGGCCUUUAAUAUUAUAACUCGAAAGCGGACCUUGGGAGAAUUUCGCUCAGAGGAGAGAUUGAUGCUUGAACAGGCUCUGUUACAAGAAGAAAAACGAGCCAUUAUGGAAGUACGGGCAGAGAUUGAGUCAAGAGCUGGCCGAGAGGCUCAUGAGGCUAAGUUGCGGAUGGCAGCCCUUCAGGCUGAGCAAGCUCGCGCUGAAUCACAGGCACAUGCUGAGUUGAUGGCUCGAGCCCCUAUUAGGGUUAAUGCUCUUGGAUCACAAGGAAAUGAUGCUUCCAUGAAUCAUGAACUGACUGAUCAAGAACAAGGGGUCAUCCCUGAUGAGAUGAUCAAUGGGUGGGGCAAUAACGCACAGAGGGUGGAGAGAGAACCUUCGGAUGAUUUCUUGAAUGAUGAGGAGGCAGAAAAUGGAGAUGCGGGAAUGCAAGAGGAGUGGCGUGAAAGCGCAGAAUUCGAUCUAAAUUCUAGGUGAUUAGCGGGCUUUGUGUGCACUGGUGGUUAGGGGAACUGAUUAUAUACAUUGUUAUGAGCAUUUCUUGGUGAUAAGUACUAGCACUAGAAGAUUUAGCUCUCUAUGACGAUGUUAUAUUUGUUGAUUUUUCCUUUAAUAUAACAUUGGCUACUGAGUCCUGAAAUGCAGCCCUUAGAAACCCGUAGGGUGAUGUAUAUGAUUGUGUAAAAGCCAAAAAAAAUCUCUUCCUAGUUCCUACCAGCUAUAAGAAAUUCAAAUGAGGCAAUUUUCAUGCCUUUGUGCUCGUACUAA